GCAGCCCGCGCCGCAGAGCCCCUCGCAGGCUCCGGAGGGAGCUGCCGGGACCCGCAGAGUCUAGCGCCGGUGCCGACCCGCCCCCCCGGGGCAUCCCCUCGCGCCUCUGCGGGAGCGAUGCCCCCUGAGCCCCGCGCCCCCCGGGGACGCCGCGAGCAUGGAGAAGUCGAGUAGCGAGGACUCGUCCAUCCACCGGAGCCCGUCCCUGGACAGCAAGGACUCGGACUUCGCCAAGCCGGCCGGCUCUGGCCGCUCUUUUGGCCGCGGCUUCACGGCCGGCGCCUUCUACGGCUCGGCGGCCCCCCGGGGCCAGGCCCGCGCCCAGAGCAGCGACAAGUACCAUGCGCCCCGGGGCAGCAAGUACGUGGUGUUUUACCUGGACCUGUCCUUUGUUUUCCUCCUAGAAUUUAAGAAGUGCAACAUGGCCAGGGGCUGCCUCUGCUGCUUGAAGUACACCAUGUUCCUCUUCAACCUGCUCUUCUGGCUCUGCGGCUGUGGGCUGCUUGGAGUGGGCAUCUGGCUGUCCGUGUCUCAGGGCAACUUCGCCACCUUCUCCCCCAGCUUCCCCUCGCUGUCUGCAGCCAAUCUGGUCAUCACCGUGGGGACUGUCGUCAUGGUGACUGGCUUCCUGGGCUGCUUGGGGUCCGUCAAGGAAAAUAAGUGCCUCCUCCUCAGCUUUUUCAUUGUCCUGUUGGCCAUCCUCCUGGCGGAGCUGAUCCUGCUCAUCCUCUUCUUUGUCUACAUGGACAAGGUGAACGAGAACGCCAAGAAGGACCUGAAGGAAGGGCUACUUCUCUACAACACAGAGAACAACGUGGGGCUGAAGAACGCCUGGAACAUCAUCCAGGCUGAGAUGCACUGCUGUGGCGUCACGGGCCACACGGACUGGUAUCCGGUGCUGGGGGAGAACACAGUCCCCGACCGAUGCUGCACUGAGAACUCGCAGGGCUGUGGGCGCAACGCCACCACCCAGCUCUGGAGGACGGGCUGCUACGAGAAGGUGAAGAUGUGGUUUGAUGACAACAAGCAUGUGCUGGGCACAGUGGGCAUGUGCAUCCUGGUCAUGCAGAUCCUGGGCAUGGCCUUCUCCAUGACCCUGUUCCAGCACAUCCACCGGACGGGCAAGAAGUAUGAUGCCUGAAGCUGGGCUGGUGCUCGCAGUGGAGCUCAGUGCCCUGGCUGCCCAGCUUCAGACUGCUGACCCUGCCCGCCCCUGCUCUGCCUCCUGGAAGGCCCCAGGAGCAGCCUGCAGAGGCCUCGGGAUGCAGGGAGCCCCUGGAUCCCCACGUCUGUGUAUUUGCCAAAGAAGAUAGGCUGUGCCGGGCUGCUCUCGGGGCCCCUAGCACCGUGUGACUCUGCCCCUUACCUCCCCAAGCUGACACUGUUCCCCCAGAUGGACAGACCCUCCUGUGAGAGUUAGGGGGACCAGGGGCCUGGGAGGCUCCAACCAUCCCAGACCAAUGUCUCUGGGGCAGGGCAGGGGGGCACCUCGCCCAGGCUUUUUAUACCUUCCAGUGUAACUUUUUUAUUUUAUUUUACUCUGAUUAUGAUUAUUCAGGAAUAUUCUCUCUUGCCUAAGUUUAGGGUUAGCUUUCUGAUUUAUAACUUUUUACUGAUUUGAUUUCUGUUAAUGGUUUGAGUUUAUUUUCAUUUUUUCCCCUAUAGUUGGAGGCAGGUUGGGGAGCAGGGGGAUGUUCCCAGGGGUCCAUGGGGACAGACGGCUGUGAGGGGGGCUGCUCCCUGCCAGCCCCUCUGCUUGGGAUGCACGCUUGGGGUGAGGUGGGCAGGCCUGGGGGGGGGGUCUGGGUAUCUGAGGCAUGGAAAUGGGGGUACUUGACUUUGAGUGGGGGCACCUGCGUGGGCCUAGCUUCAGAGAGGACACUAGUCACUGUUCCUGGGGAGCCAGCUGCUGGGUCCUUCCAUGCCAAUGCACAGCAGCUUCCUCUUCCCUGAGCUCCCUGCACCUCCCUGAACCACCCUGCACUCCUCAUACCCCCCACCCCUUCCUAGGGUCAGCUCCCUGCUACUUUCAAACAUUCCUGCUCCAGGAGGGGGUGCACCCCAGGCCUUAGGCCAUGUCCUUGCAGCAAGCAGCCCAAGGCCCUGACCACUGGGGGGCGGGGAGCGCUGCAGCUGAUGUCACCAUCACCCACUAGGUCCGCAAUGCUGCCAUUCCCUGUGGGGGCAAGGGGCCCCUCUCCUCUUGUUUUGGCUCCACUGAUAGUGGGCAGGCUGCAGGGACUGUGAUGGCCUUUCUCCUGAACCCCAAGGACAAGGACAGCAAACGUUGGUUUGGAUCUUAUUUCUGUAGACACCAACACCAAACCCUGCCCCCAGGAUAAAAGCCACUUGGGACACUGCAGGGCAUCCCUGCCAGAAUUGUUCCGCUCUGGCUGGACUGUCCUGUGGCUCAGGACAGUUAGGAGUCCAUGGGGCUGAGUUCUUCCCCCCUUCCCCAGGGUUCCUCACCUGGGGAUCCUGACCUCCUGCUCUACCUGUCAGUCUGGGUGCCUUGAUCUGCCAGUCUGUCUGUCCCCAGAGCUUCAUCCUGGCUGCACAGUGUGUUGUGUUUUCACGUCUUAGGGGGAGUGGGGAAGGAGGAGGUUGGUCCCAGCAAAGGGGUGUGCCCCUCUGAGAGUGAGUACCCCUCCCCACACAGGGCCACGGUGGGGGGGUCCCCUCUAUGCCUAUCAAUGCAAUUCUCAUGUUUGUGGAGAUUGACAGCAAAAGCCAGGCACAUGCCAGGAGAGGGGCCUCCCUAGAGACCUUUCUAGGGUAUCAGGGGUAUCCUCUGGCCUGCAGCCUUUGCCCCAGCCCCCACUCCCCAGCCCCCUGGCCUCUCCCGGGGCUGCAGUUAGUCAUUGUCCUUGCAGCCCCUGACUCAGCCUGCAGAGCUAUCCCCACACCUGUGACAGCAGAGAUGGCCCAGCGAGGUCCCUGCAUCCCCACCCAGGGCCUCAUGGCAGCAGAGCUCAUGCAGGACGGCGGGGUCACAGUGGGUGUCGGGAUGCUGCACCUCAGCUGGAACACUGCUCCCCACCAGCCCAGGCCUGUCUGAGGCCCUGGUUCUGGAUGUAUGAUCCAGGUCACCAUGGAUGGUGGUUCUCUCCUCUUCAGUCCGGUCCACCCACAGGUGCUGGGAGUUGGGGGCAGGUGGUGUCCUCUGGCCUCCUGCCCUCACGGGCAAUCUGAGGGGGGAGGUUCCCCUGCUGCCCACCUCCCCCCAUCCACAGCCCUCACACCUGUGGGCUUCCGAUGCACUUUCUGCUUGCAAUGUGCCCUGGCUCCCUCAGCCCCAUUCCCCCAGUGGCCAUGUUUUUAGCAUGUUUUUAAAUAAAACCUGAUCAUGUGUCAAAAGCACAAA